UGCACCAUGUCAGCUGUUGUGAGGGAGGGUCCUGGCUAACUGAAAUGCCUGGCAACUGUAACCAAGGGACAGGCAUUGCUGCGCUUGGGCACUGGUCUGUGUAAGUGACUUAAAGCAGGAAGGAAAACGAGAAUGAGGGAUAAUAAAACACGGAGCUGUAGGAGACAACGGGAGAGAUGGAAGUCUUUGAUUAUUUUUGAAUGGGGAAACAUCUUCAGGGUGUGCAGGAAGAGGAGGAUAAUGACAAAAGAGGGAGAACAUUGGAAGGAAAGAAAGCGAGAGAGAAAGAACAGUGUGCUGGGAGGAGUUGUGUGAGAAAGAGGACCUCAGGUGCCGCCAAAAGGGGGAGGGAGGAGAGUUAGAGCGAGCGAGAGCGGGAGAGAGAGGGGAAAGGAAGGAGGUAGCGAAUGUGAUCGAGAGGCACAGUGGAAGAGAGAGCGAGACUGUGAAGGGGGAGAGGAAACUGUGAGCCACUCACAGCAUCUCUGAGCACCAGCAGUGAGGUGCUGUUCUCUUUUCUUCGGCUGGUUUCUGAUUUGCCACACAAUUUGGAAUAGAUCUGUUCAAAGUCUUUCUGUUCUCAUCUUUUUACUUGAAUUCUUAAUUUCAAAGUGCGUUUUGCACUGUGCACGCUCCAGGGAAUUGCUGUCAACCUGCUUUGGCUCACAGGUCACCGAGAGCUGACAAGGACAGAAGCGGUACGCAGAUCUUCCAAUUUUGGGAACGGACUGAGUAUUUUAGAGGAGACUUUACAGAAUGUGUCACAAAGAAGUUGGAGAAGAAGGAACGAGGUCUACCUCAGAAGGAAAGAAGCUGGGCAUGUACAGCUAAUCAGAUGCAGAGGUUGGCAUGCCAUGUGAUGUGCAAACGGUGGACUGACACCAAGAACAUGUGGAUUUAAUACCUGUCCUGAUGCGAUCUGUGGAGACACCUUCACAUAAGAAGCUAUAUACCCGUUUCGGAAAAAACACAGGUCUCUCCUUUUUUACGUGACAUGCUUUUAUCUGAGGCACAGUGGAAGUUCAUGAAAAGUAAAUGGAUUGGGAGCAAAUAAGACCAAAGCUGUCGCUGUGGCCCCCCCAGAACACGAUCUUGAAAUUUUGAUUAGUUCCGUUUUGCCUGACUCAGACUCCCGCAGGCUAUGAGCGGUGUUCUGCGCAGCGAUAGCUCUGGCAACUGUCAUAUGCUGUUCUGUGUUUGUCUAGAGUGUCUGUGUUUUGAUUCGGACUAUAGAAACCCAAAGGGGGUCGAGACAGUGGCCAAGAGGACAGUAUUCCAGAAGCAAAACAUGGUUCAUGUUAUUGUUUGGUGACAAACUAAUAUGAACAGAUUUUUUGGAGACUUUUGCAACUCUUGAAAUUCAAUUUUUUUGGACUCAGGAGAAGGUAUGACCCAGGUAUUUUGUUACCUUUAUUGGUUCUUGUCUUAAUCCUUCUUAUAUUGUCUUAUCUGGUCACAGGAAACUGUUUGAUCUUCAUUUCCUUAUCCCACAACCCCUUCUACAAUCCUGCACAUUUUACCCUUAAGAGCACACUUAAGGAAUUGGUCUACUUCACUGCGGAUGCUGUGGACAAUAUUGCCAACUGGCCUUCAGCACAGAUAUGCAAGCCUUUUGUUUCCAGCAGCCAUAGUUUUGUUUGCCGAGGAAAUAUCUCUGUCUCACAAUUACUGAACUGCUCCUAAGCAUGACUGAUUUCAGAGGAGUGCUAGGCACCUUUUUUUCUUCUCCACACGGACUGUAUUGAUUUUUGCCAAUGCUCAAUUCAUUGAGUUCCAGCCAUGUGAAAGACCGAGGUAAAGGGGAAUAGGCAGAAGAUUGAGAUCGAGAAAGCACGGACACGGGAUCACGUUGCAGGCCAUCUGCACUGCGUUUCGGACAACGGAACCUUAUCCAAGUGGACAAGGUCCGGGACAAUGAACCGGUCGGAGCUGAUCGAACCGGUCCCCACUGUAAACAACAGCCUUAGCGGUCACUUCGGCGUGUCCCUAAACCACUCCUGCCCCCUAGGCUGGGGGCAGAACAAGGUCGUGGAAGCUUGCGUCUUAGAGACUGCGGUCAUUGUGUUGCUGACGGUGCUCAUCAUUGCUGGGAAUUUAACGGUGAUCUCUGUGUUUCAUUGUGCCCCGUUGUUACACCACUACACCACCAGUUACUUCAUCCAGACUAUGGCCUACGCGGAUCUGCUGGUGGGGCUAAGUUGCCUGGUUCCCACCCUUUCCUUACUCCAUUACCCAGCUGGUGUCCAAGAGCCCCUCACCUGUCAGGUGUUCAGCUACGUCAUCUCUGUUCUCAAGAGCGUUUCGAUGGCUUGUUUGGCUUGCAUUAGCAUGGACCGCUAUCUGGCUAUUACCAAGCCCCUCUCCUACAACCAGCUGGUAACACCCUGCCGCCUUCGCUGCUGCAUCGUUCUCAUAUGGAUCUACUCUUGUGUGGUGUUUCUCCCAUCUUUCUUCGGCUGGGGUAAGCCGGGGUACCAUGGGGAUAUCUUUGAAUGGUGUGCCCACUCUUGGCCCACUUCUGCACUUUUCACUGGCUUUGUUGUGUGCCUGUUGUACGCCCCUGCAGCCCUGGUGGUCUGUUUCACCUACUUCCACAUCUUCCGCAUCUGCCAGCAGCACAACCGAGAUAUCAGCGAGCGACGGGCACGCUUUCCCAGCCAGGAGAUGGAAACUGCCGAAGGGGGCAACCACGCAGGCCACGGGCCAGACCGGAGGUACGCCAUGGUGCUCUUCCGGAUCACCAGUGUUUUCUACAUGCUUUGGCUCCCCUACAUUUUUUAUUUCCUUCUGGAAAGCUCCCAUGUGCUGGACAGCCCUGCCCUCUCCUUUGUGACCACCUGGUUAGCAAUUAGCAACAGCUUCUGCAACUGCGUCAUUUAUAGCCUGUCCAACAGCGUAUUCCGGCUGGGGAUGCGUAGACUCUCACAGACGGUCUGCUCCUCCUGCUCUUUCAGCUCCUGCACUCAUGAUGACAAGGACUUUGGAGAGCCAAAGCCACGAAAGAGAGCCAACUCCUGCUCCAUCUGAAGAUCUCGAAGGGUUGCUUAGAUCAGUCAUACGCUGCUAAGUGUUGUUGCAAUGGAUUUUAAUGUAAUUGUAACUCUUGGUCGUUAGAAGAAACUACCAACAGUGAGGAUGAUGAAGUUGUCUAAUAGACAUGUGAUCUACAUUCCCUUGUAAAUAUUAAGAUAACACCUGCCUUGGUCCUGUAAAUACCACAGAAUGG